AUGGAGAGCUCUGGAUCUCAAAAAACAAAGCUCUUACAAGCAAUGGAUAGAUUCGUGGACGAUCGGGAAUAUUCACCAAAAUCAAGCUCACCAUAUUUUGAGUUGUUUAAUGCUGCUUACACUGGAAAACUCCAUAACUUCAAGUGGUUGGCUUCGGAUCAUGCUAAAGGUGAAGGGAUUGGAGUUGCAGAUGUGAUUGGAAAGAUUAGAGAUGAAGAUGGAAGAGGAUCUCUUCAUUUUGCUGCGGCAGGAGGAAGUUUAGAAGUUUGCAAAUACUUGCUUGAGUCUUUGAAACUUGAUGUGGAUUCUAAAGAUGAACAUGGUCACACACCCUUGUACCAUGCAACUGUAAAAGGACAUCUGGACACGGUUCGCUACCUACUUGAAAAGGGUGCCAAUGCUGAUGCAUCAACUGAUACGAAUUACACUCCUUUACAUUGUGCUGCAAAGAUAGGAAACACAGAGAUAAUAAGUUUGUCACUUUCAAGGGGUGCUCGCGUAGAUGUUGCAUGUACAUCUGGCACUGCCCUUCUGAGGGCUGCUUGUUGUGGUCAUCGAGAUGCUGUUAAAGUGUUGUUGGAUCAUGGUGCUGAUCCUAAUGUCGUCGUCUCUCAGGGCAUGCAGAGACCACUAAUGUCGGCGAUUCUUGGCAAGUCAUGGGAAAUUAUGAAACUUUUGCUACAGGCCGGCGCUGACCCAAAUGCUGUAUCAUGUGGAAAUACACCUCUGAUAUUUGCAGUGAGAAAUGGACGUGUAGAAGAUAUCACACACUUAUUGGAAGCUGGUGCAGACCCAAAUUAUAAAAUGAAUGCAGGGUUGACAGCAUUAGAAAUUGCUGCUAUUGAGUGCAAUCAUCCAGUUGUUGGGGUUCUUUUUCCUGUUACAUCUCGCAUUCCAACUUAUCCCCAUUGGAGCAUUGGCGGACUAAUGAAGCAUGUAAAUUCUGAUGCAAACAAAAUGCAGAGGGUAGCCCAUGCGAAAGAGAAAUUUCUUCAGGCAAAAUCAAAAGGAAGAUGUGCAUUCCAGAAAGAGCAGUAUCUUGUGGCAGCGCAUUGGUAUCAAGAGGCCUUGGCCAUUUCCCCAAAAGAUGCAGCAGUACUAUCCAACAUGAGUGCCUGUUAUGCAGAAUGAUGGAAUCUCUGCGCAUGACUAUGCCACUAAGUGCAUGUGUGAAAGUCCUGAAUGGCCUAAGGCACACUAUAGGUUAGGUGUCGCCUUCGUUUUACAGAAAAGGUACAAUGAUGCAGCAGAUGCCUUUAACAAGGGUUUGACUCUCGCUCCGGAAAACAAAGAGCUUAAAGAUGCCUACAUGAAAGCUAUUGAAGCUAAAAUGAACUCGCUUAAAGUGUAAGAAGAUGCUGAGAAAUGUGGAGAUGAAAGCAUUAAGAUGACGAGAAAAUAUUCACAUGGAAACAAAUUCUGUAAAUGAAGUACUUUAGCUGAAGUAUAUACUACUUAGGACAUUUUUAAGUUGUCCCCAUGGUAGUUUAUAAGUAUGGUGACUGUUUAAUCAAAAUAACCCCAAAAGUGAUCUGA